AUGACAUCUCUAGCUGACUGUACAGAGGUGGAGUGGCAGCUUCAGGUCAGCAAAGACCUCUUUUCAUAUAGGGAAAAGGCCCUGGCCCUGGCCCUGCAGAAUCGACCAAAGAAUAUCAAUAAGCAGUAUCUCUCCAAACAGAGAGAAUGGCAGCUUUCAAAUGAGGGGCUCACUCCAUGCUGGCCUAUGAUUCUCAUCACAGAUAAUGGCAAGAUCAACCAGCUGAGGCGGCUGAAGUAUGCUGCUGUGAUGAGAUAUAAGAAUCCUCUACUCUGUACAAUAUCUCAUCUGGCAUUCUAUCUGUUCUACCGCUGGAAUAUUGAUCCCUUCAAGCCUCUUUCAUAUGAUACUCAGCUUCAGUGGGUCAAUCGCAUGUAUGCAGCAGCUGGGCUUCUGUCAAGCAAGAAGACUCAUCUUGAUCGGAGUCAGGGGUUCAGAUAUGCUGAACUGAAUGGAAUGUCAGAGGAUGCUCUCUUCAUACAAGAGGAUUAUCAGAAGUAUACUCUUCAGAUUGUUCAGGCUCUUGAGACAGCUGUGGAGCCUCAGAAGAUUCAGAUUCUGCGAGUAGUAUCUGUCAUUGCUGAUCAGCUGAAAAAUGUGCGACAGAAGAUGAUUCAGUCCAUUGAUAAGUGGGGUUAUGAGAAUCAACAGCUGCAGCAAAAGAUGGCUCAGCAGCUUGCUGAUCUAGUUGAUGGUCAAAUCACCUUCUUCAUACAGGCAGUUCCUCAGAGCUCUGCUGCUCAGAAUUCAGUGAUGAAUCUGGCUGCCAUUCCCUCUGCUUCCUCUCUGCCCUCCUCUUCUUCUACUCUUUCCAGAGACAUCGUACAGAGGUCAGUGGAGUCAGAGAUGGAGAUGAGACAAUCAUCAUCUAACAAUGCUGAAUCUGUGGAUCUGACAGCCACACUUCUCACCUCUUCCCGGACAGGAAAUGGCUAUUCUCUUUCCCGUACAAUACAGUCAGUGCCUGAUCUGUGGCGGGAGUGGACCACUGGUCUGGGGAGUGGUCCAUCAGUGCAGAGCCUGGAGGAUCAGAGAGGCAGCUGGCACAAGGGCUCCUCCAAGGAGCAGAUGAUGUUCUGCCGGCGAAAGAUCAUCAUCAAUGAGAUUCGUUUCCUACUAUACAGUGUAUUCUCUCACUACAGCUGGCUAUCGUACGAAGACAACAGUGGGUGGGCUCUCUCCCUCCUCGGUCUCUCUGGCCCCCAGGGCCCCCAUCGCAUCCUCUUCGUGGCUGAUCAACAGCUGAGUCCCUUCACCCACAGUCCACAAUCCAGGGCAGUCCUGGCUCUCCCAGGGCAAGAUGUACCCUUUGUACGAGGCAGCAUGACAGAGCUGCAGGUUCGAAGCCACCGGCCAUCGUACAUCAAUGCCAUUCUCAUUCAAUCUCGCGGACGGACGGAGCCACAUGCAUGCCUUGCCUGCCGGAGUGCUCAUCCAGGUCUUCGGCCAUUCCCCCAGAAUGCCGUCGCCUGCCUGGCCACUUUGGUGGAGCUUGUGGCAACUGCAAAUGGCGUGAUCAUGCCAUUCGCUGCUCCGUACGAGAUGGGGAAGGGGUGGAGGUGA